UGUUCACCCGUGUACACCUCCUACUCCUUUCUUCGAGAUAAGCAACCCGUUUGAACAGCGUUUAAUAGUUGGCGGGAACCGCCAAAGUAUAAAGCAUCUCUUUGGAUUAAUCGAGAGUGUUUUGAUUCGAAAACCGUUCAUUGUGCACGAUGCGACGCGUGCAUGUAUUCAUUCGAUACGAUUGACAAUGUGAAAGCGAAUAUUAAGUAACGCGAUCAAACGUUAAUCAAACUAAAUUAUAUACGCAUUAUUUAAAGUUAGUGUUUCAUUCUUUCCAGAAACUAUAACUAUGUUUCUGCUAUUUAUAAAAGUGAAUAUCAGGGAUAACAGUGUAUCGAAAUGAGCUGAAAUUGUGCGAUACAGGAUACUUAUUUUAAGCGAAGAAGAAUUUGUUUAGCACUGUGGAACGCGAGGAUACUAGAACUUAUUCUGGGCCAGGUAUAAACAUUCCGUUCAUAAAUUCUGUCCUCUCUCUGUGUACAUCUGGCCAGAGAAUCGGGAAAGUUCAAAGUAGAACGUUCGAAGCUAUUAUCUGGCAACUUUUUACGACCGCAGAAUAGAAGCUGUAAAGGCCUUUCCUACGUCUAUCGCUUUAAUUGCGAGAGAACCAGAGAAAACAGAGGUAUCGAAAGAGAAUCGAAGAUACCACGGAUGCAAAUGAAAAUGACGAGCAUCUAAAUAAGUCUACAGAUAGGGACAAAGACUGUUGAAAUUGUUCUUCGUACUUUCACCUUUUUUCUUCUUUCUUUCACUUUAACGUCGGGAUAAAAAGGAUGAAAAUGAGCAUUUUAACUGGCAACUUUGCCAGAUCAUUCGCGCAUAGUGUCAAACGGUCGAGUCAUCUUAGAACGAUGGAAAGCUUGUCGACGGAGAUCGAAGAACAAGAUUGGUCUCGGUGUCGUCCGUAUUCCGAGAUUCCUGGACCAAAACCACUUCCUCUCUUAGGCAAUACAUGGCGAUUCAUACCGAUCAUAGGUGACUUCCAGAUUCAAGCGGUGGACCAAGUGUCGAAGAGAUUAUACGAGGAGUACGGGGAUAUCGUGAAAAUGGAGGGUUUACUGGGGAGACCAGACAUGGUUUUCAUUUAUGACGCCAACGAGAUCGAGCGCAUCUUCAGGCAGGAAGAAAGGAUGCCGUACAGGCCGUCUAUGCCUUCCUUGAAUUACUACAAGCACGUGCUUCGAAAGGAGUUCUUUCGAAAGAACGCUGGCGUAAUUGCCGUACACGGCGAGGAGUGGUACAACUUCCGAAGCAAGGUGCAACAGGUAAUGUUGCAACCGCGAACCGCAAGAAUGUACAUUUCAGCUAUCGAGGAGGCGAGUUUGGCAUUCCUUCAAAGAAUUACGAAAAUACGAGACGCGAACGACGAAGUGCCCGACGAUUUUCUCAACGAGAUACACAAAUGGUCCCUAGAGUCCAUCGCGCGCGUAACGUUGGACGUUCGACUAGGCUGCUUGGACGACGAGGCCAAUGCAGAAACUCAAAAAUUAAUAGACGCCGUGACGACAUUUUUCGUGAACGUGGGAAUAUUGGAACUGAAGAUUCCUUUCUGGAAACUCUUCAACACGCCCACGUGGUUGGAAUACGUGAACGCAUUGGACACUAUCGUCAGUACGACCUCAAAGUUCACCACUGCUGCUUUGUCGAGAAUAAACGAAACAUCGAAUUCCGAUAAAGAACCCUCACUUCUGGAAAGGAUGUUGGCUAUAGAAAACGACACCAAGUUAGCCACGAUACUCUCUCUCGAUCUUUUCCUCGUGGGAAUUGAUACUACUUCGAACGCGGUAGCGUCGGUUCUGUAUCAAUUAGCUUUACAUCCAGACAAGCAAGGCAUCGCUUUCAACGAGGUCUGCGACGUACUUGGAAGCAAAGACACGCAGCUAGAAGGAAAGCACUUGGAUCGGUUCAAGUAUUUGAAGGCGUGCAUUAAGGAGACUCUAAGAAUGUAUCCAGUCGUCAUUGGCAAUGGACGAUGCAUGACCAAAGAUACAGUAAUCAGUGGAUAUCGCGUACCCAAAGGCCAGGUACAGGUAGUCUUUCAACACUAUGUGAUAAGUAAUCUCGACAAGUACUUUCCAAGGAGCAAAGAGUUCCUUCCCGAGAGGUGGCUGCAAGCUGAUGGCGUGCGUCACAACUUUGCGUCGCUUCCUUUCGGAUACGGAAGAAGAAUGUGUCUAGGCAGACGUUUCGCUGACCUCGAGAUGCUAAUCGUCAUUAGCAAGAUUUUACAGUGCUACAAGCUAGAAUAUCAUUACGAGAAACUCGAGUAUUACAUCAAUCCUAUGUACACGCCCAAAGGACCUCUGAAUUUGAGAUUCGUCGAUAGGUAGUGGAUUUUCGAAUCCUUACAACGCUAGUAUACG